UUCAAUGGGCACAGGAAUCGGCGGAAAUUAUAAUCUCAACAUACAAAGCACUUCUCUAGAAGAUGAAGAUUCGUAUUAUUGUCUAGUUUCUGAUUGUGCAACAACCAAAUUUUCGAACACCGCCGUUUUAACUGUCAAUGUUGUACCAACGUACCCAUAUAUAGAUGAGGAAGAUAAUGGAAUUAUUGAUGUAUACUCAGGUAGAAGUAAUAACUUGAUUUGUACUUCAUACAAUGGAAAACCUCAGCCUAAUGUAAGAUGGUUCAAUAACAAAAAUGGAGAUCUGGUGACCACUUCUACAACAACUAUUGUGGGCUCAAGCAAUGAACUCAGUGGUAUGGAAGCGACUUUCUCAAUCACACCAACAGUUGCUGACAAUGCAACGGAGUAUUUUUGUGAUGUCAACAGCGAUGCAGUUUCCAUGGAAACCGGUUCAUCAUACAGGAAAUAUGUCAAACUUAAUGUUUUGGUUAUACCGAGCAAAUAUUCUGUAACCGGAAUAACUUCAAGCAGUUUAGUUAUUGGCAACGGAAAAAGUCAGGAAUUAACUUGUUUGGCACUCGACACUGGACCAACAGCCACGCUUGCUUGGUAUCGAGGAAAUGUACCGUUAAAGAAUGAAUCAGGCAUAUUGAAUGCCAAAGGAACAUAUGACAUUCACGUCUCAAUUUCAAUCACUGCAAAUGCUGAUACUGAUGGAAGUCAAUAUUCUUGCAAUAUUUAUAUUCCCGGAAACCCAAAAUCUUAUUCAGAUUCUAUAAAGUUCACAGUGAGCGUUUAUUAUUUUCCAUAUGCUGCUAUAAUAGGCCCAUCGAUAGGGGGAAUAUUUCUUCUACUUCUACUAAUAUCGUUAAUAUUCUGUAUAUUGACAUCAAAUAAAAAUGAGAAGAGAGAUAAGCGAAGAGCUCGAGAACGAGAAGCACAGGCAAGAUUGGACCAGAUAGAAGAAGAUAGGCGAAGAGAAACAGAAGUACAAGAGGCAGUAACAGUAAGAGCAGUCAAUCCGGAGUAUGAAUACACAUAUAUAGAGAAUGUAUAUGAAUACAUUGAUCAACAAGAAUAUAGUUUAGCAUUAGACAACAAUGCAUUUAAACCUGAAACUUCUUCCGAAACUAAUUAUGAAUCAUACCAAGACAGUAUAGGACCACCAAAUGACCAAACGUAUUCGAUGGCGUCUUCGAUCCGCUCAGCAAGAGGUUAUCCAGUGAUGAUAUACAGAGAUUUGCAUGCAAGAAACACUUUCUCGCAGGAAAGUUAUAUUCAGACUACGUUGCCAAUGACAUCAUCAUCAACACCAAUAUAUUACACUCGGGACAAUCAAAUGAGUAUGUUGUCGACAUACGUUUGAAAAUGUGCAUCAAAAAUACAUGCAAAAAAUAAAGAAAAAUAUUUACAAUCAGACGAAUUCUGGCAGCUACUGAUUCACAUUAUAUUUAUCAUGAGCAUUGAAUGCGAAGAAUGUUUAAUGAAACGCAAUUCGGCGAUACGUUAUCAUUCAAUCUAUCAUUUAUUAGAAAACAAUAUUAUGAAAUUAAUUUGAAGUUGAUACAGUUACCUAACCUGUCCUUAAUUUUAUUUCAUUGUCAUUGGUGUACAUGUUUUAGUUU